AGCGAGCGGGCGGGGCGGGGGAGAGCGAGCGAGCGAGAGGUGGUUUCGUUGCUGGGAUCUGGCACAGGAGGCGGGGCGGGGCGGGGGCUGCCGAAGUUGUGAUGCUGCGCGCGGGGUGAAUCGGGAGGACUCCGUCUCGCCGUCUGCCUUCGGCCCGUGGCUUGUUGUUUGGAGGGGCCUGAGAUUAAAGUAGCGCCGGGGGCGCCUCUCCUCGCGGUUCAGAGACCGAGCCUUGCGGACGUGAAGGCUUUAAAGAUUCGUCACUGUUACCUGAUACUGCAGGAGAAGAAUCUGAGAAGACAAGAGAAAAUACUGGGUGUGAUUUCAUGAUGUGUGCCUACUCCAUUUUCUUUUGGUAAUUUAUAAGAAGAAUUGUUUGACAUUAUAAUGGAUUUUAAGUUGUACUCUCAAGAAAAUAGGCCAUAUAAUAGCUUUUAUGACUGACAAGCAGUGCAGUUUUAACAUACAACCAUGACAACCUCUCAUAUGAAUGGACACAUAACAGAAGAUUCAGACAGUGAAACAAAAAAUGUGGAUCUUGCCCCUCUUGAGGAACCUCAGAAGCACAGAGAGAUGGCUGUUGAUUGCCCUAGUGAUUUGGGCACCAGGAUGAUGCCACUACGACGGAGUGCUCAGCUUGAGCGGAUUCGACAACAACAAGAUGACCUACGGAGAAGACGGGAAGAAGAAGGAAAAAAACAGGAGCUGGACCUUAAUUCUUCUAUGCGUCUGAAGAAGCUAGCUCAAAUUCCUCCCAAAACUGGAAUAGACAAUCCUAUGUUUGACACGGGUGAAGGAGUUAUUUUGGAGAGCCCACAUCAUGCUGUGAAAAUCCUAGAAGUUGAUGAGCUGCUAUCUUCUCUUAAACACGUCCAGCACACGCUAAUAGAUCCCCAAAGUCAAGAGGAAAUUGCUCUAAUUUUACAACUUGUACAAAACACUGACUUUCAAAAUGCAUUUAAGAUACAUAAUGCUGUUACUGUACAUAUGAACAAAGCCAGUCCUCCAUACCCUCUUAUUUCCAAUGCACAAGAGCUUGCACAAGAGGUACAGAGUGUUUUGAAGCCUAGUCAUCAAAAAGAUGGACUGGAACUUAAUUCUUUACUGAAUGCCCCUCAUAUUCAGGCACUCCUUUUAGCUCAUGAUAAAGUUGCUGAGCAGGAAAUGCAGCCAGAACCAAUGACAGAUGAAAAGAUUUAUGAGAAUGUUGGUCUCUAUGGAGGAGAGACAGUUAAAAUAGUUCGCAUUGAAAAGGCUCGAGAUAUUCCAUUGGGUGCUACAGUGCGUAAUGAAAUGGAUUCAGUUAUCAUCAGUCGAAUAGUAAAAGGAGGUGCUGCAGAAAAGAGUGGUCUGUUACAUGAAGGUGAUGAAGUUCUGGAAAUUAAUGGAAUUGAAAUCCGUGGGAAAGAUGUCAAUGAGGUCUUUGACUUACUGGCGGACAUGCAUGGCACACUGACAUUUGUGCUGAUCCCCAGUCAGCAGAGCAAACCACCACCUACUAAGGAGACUGUGAUCCAUGUGAAAGCUCACUUUGACUAUGAUCCAUCUGAUGACCCCUAUGUCCCUUGCAGAGAGUUAGGCCUGUCCUUUCAAAAGGGAGAUAUACUCCAUGUGAUUAGCCAAGAAGAUCCAAAUUGGUGGCAGGCCUAUCGGGAUGGAGAUGAAGAAAAUCAGCCUUUGGCAGGCCUUAUUCCAGGAAAAAGUUUCCAACAGCAAAGAGAAGCUAUGAAGCAAACUAUAGAGGAAGACAAAGAGCCAGAAAAGUCAGGAAAACUUUGGUGUGCAAAGAAAAACAAAAAGAAACGGAAGAAAGUAUUGUAUAAUGCAAAUAAAAAUGAUGAUUACGACAAUGAGGAGAUCUUGACUUAUGAGGAAAUGUCACUUUAUCACCAACCAGCAAAUAGAAAACGACCCAUUGUUCUGAUUGGUCCACAGAACUGUGGUCAAAAUGAACUGAGGCAAAGGUUACUGAAUAAUGAAGCUGACCGGUUUGCUUCUGCAGUUCCUCAUACAACACGAAACAGAAGAGAAAAUGAAGUAGCUGGCAGAGAUUACCAUUUUGUAUCACGACAAGCAUUUGAAGCUGACAUAGCAGCUGGAAAAUUUAUUGAGCAUGGUGAAUUUGAGAAAAAUCUUUACGGUACCAGCAUAGACUCUGUCCGGCAAGUGAUCAAUUCUGGGAAAAUAUGUCUUUUAAACCUUCAUACACAGUCUCUGAAGAGCCUACGUAAUUCAGACUUGAAACCAUACAUUAUCUUCAUUGCACCACCUUCACAAGAGCGACUUCGUGCGUUACUGGCCAAAGAGGGCAAAAACCCAAAGCCAGAAGAAUUACGAGAAAUCAUUGAAAAAACCAGAGAGAUGGAGCAAAAUAAUGGUCAUUACUUCGAUACAGCAAUUGUGAAUUCUGAUAUUGAUAAAGCAUAUCAGGAAUUACUUCGUUUAAUUAACAAACUUGAUACAGAACCUCAAUGGGUUCCAUCCUCUUGGCUACGGUGAAAGAGGGCAGUUCUAAGGAGGAAAGAUUUUGUUAUAGAUGACUGUUUAUCUUUGAUAUUAGUUGAUGGGUUAAGCUUUAGUCCUCUGUCCACAUGAUCAGUAUAGUAAGUUUUUUUAGAAAUCAUAUAGUCUGGCACAAAUCUACUGUUAUGUAGAAUAUCACAAAAGGGAGAGAUUUUAUUUUAUCAGAUGUUCAUUCUGAAAAAGUCAGUAUAUUAUAAUUAUUUGACUUGUUUUUCAAACAGUUGCUUUAAAUUUUCAUUUUUAUGUCUGGAAAUUUAAAGGAAACAUAUCUAAACAAUUCACAUGAUCAUAAUAAAUGCUUAUUAUUGUGACAAUGUUAGCAUACUGAUCUCGUGGACAUGCUUGUAGUUUUCAAAACUAUCUUUACAGAGUAUUGGACAAAGAAGUUAGUCUACAAGGAGAAUGGAUUAAUUAAUGUGCUAGUUCACUCUUAACUGUAUAAAUGGGCAUCUUUGAUCUAGAGUUGUCCUUUUAAGCUUGAAUUUGUUUUUAGAGAUGAAACAUUCCAUUAUCUAAUCGUACUGCAAUUUUUUAAUAUGUGUACUAUGUAAAUAUUUCAGACUUUCUUGUCUUUAGGUACUUUGUAAAUCAGAUUGAUAGCUUACCAAAUAACUCAUAAAUUUCAUAAAAAGGAAUUAUAUGUGUAAAUAUAUAAGUUGAUACUUUAGAUGUGAUAUUUUUAUGGAAAAUAUUUCCUCUUGGCUACGUAAGUCAUUUGGGAAGAACUAUUAUCUAGAAGGGAAGCUAUAUUUUUAUGAAAAAAAGACAUUCUUGUAUGUUUUUUAAAAGGAUUUGCUUCCUUACAGUGUAAAAUUGUCUUUUAUAACUAAGAACACAGACUUUGGGAUGGUAAAUAUUAGAGUAUUUUCUUGUAUUUUUAUACCUAGACACAGGAUGUCUCAUGGCUGUGGGUCAUAUAGUUAGCUAACUGGAGUUAAUAUUAUUUAGUAAACAAGUCAUCACCCUGUAAAGAAAGAAUAGGAAAAUUGCUAAACUAGGAACCUGCCAUGUUCGCUGUUCUAGAACCACCACAUCCUUAUGUGCAAUUGAAAAUAUCCAUGAAGGUUCAAGUAUUGUAGCUGUUUCAUCUAUGAAGUUUCUCCUGUUGCAGCUGACAUGAAAGCUGAAAUAGCUUAGUUGAUUCUUUGUGUGUGGCACCCUUGAAUGUGAAUAUGAAUAGUUUUUUUCCUUGUUCUCAGUCAUAGUUUUUAUUUUUAUAUAUUGUCAUACACUGGAAGUACUUCACCUUAUGGUAGAGUGUAAUUAAUAGUGAAGAAUUAAAGCUUUUUCCCUUAAAAAUAUCUAGGCCAGCCUUGUAUGAGUCUUGUAGACUCAUAGCUGAGCACUAUAUACAGCAACUUGUGGAGAAUAUACGGAGAAAGCUGCUUAAGAACGGCAACUCCAAAGUACUGUGAUCUGGCCCCCGCCAUGGGGAGAAGGAAAAUAUUUGACAACAUCUAGCAGUUCUCAUCCUAUGCAGAUUAUACACAAACAGUCUUAAAAUGUAGCACACUUAUCAGAGAUUGGAAAAGUACUCUACAAUGUGCCUCCAUCCAAUAAAGCCUUUGGGUAGGAAAUAGAAAUUAUAUGGACUAAGUCUGUAUCACUGUUAAACCUGAAAGUAAUUAUCUUACAUGAUAAACACUGCCUAGAAUUCAAGGCACAAACAUGAAUAUUAUGUCUGUUCCUUUGGUUUGGUUGUCACUAAAAUUCAGGCAUGUAGACCAUCCAGGUGUAUUGCUUCCCACCGUGGUUAAGAGAUGAGGAAGGAUGUACAGUGAUAUUUCUUUCCUUCUUACAUGCAAAUCUCCUCCUCCCAUGAAUUUUAACUGUGGGUUGUUAUGGCUGUAUUAAGCUUAACUGUGGUUACGUUUGUCGCUUUUUAAACCAGUAUUUGAACCUGUUUACAAAUUAAGGGUUACAGGUUGUUCAGAACAGCACUCACAAUGUUUUAAGGUUAAUGAAGAUGUACUGAAUUGUGGUUAAGGGUGGUAAAUGUUGAAUGCAGCAAGGAAAAGGCUGUGGAGAAGAAGCACACUAAUACCACGCCUGUUCCCUCUUUAGUAAUGGCUAAAGGAUAGAAUGUGUUAUGUAUCAGCACCAUUUUUGUGGCUUAUUCAAACAUACCUUUUUAGCAUUAUCUGUAAGGUAUAUGGUGCUGAUGCCCUUGGGAUGUAAGUAAGGUUGUUUAUAGCCAUAUUAGGAAAAAAAUUAAAACAGUUUUAUUUUUAAAUGCAUAAUGAAUGUUUUUAUGUAAUUGGAGAUACCUUCUAGGACAGUAGGUAAGAUACUAGGAACUUGGCAUUCCACACCGGCCAGUGUAUUUUAAAAAGUGGGGUGUGUUAUGCAAUAAACCUUUUUCAAAUUUCUGGUAAUAGCAUUAAUUGUAGUCUUCUGAAUUGCAAUUUUACUGAUAUUGUUGAGUGUGCCACCACCUGGUUUUGUGAAUGCAGUAAGAGUGGUGGUGUAAAACAAAUCCUACUAAAAUCUGGUUACAGGUAUGCAAGAGUAUGUAAACAGUAGUAGUCCAAAAAAGUCUUUAACAGGUAUUUCAGAAAUGAAGCAAUAAUUGAAUUUACGUUUGUCACUCAAUCUGUUGCUGAAGUAUAUGUUUCAAAAAGAAUGCUCCAUGUACUUGGUAUGCCAGAAUGCAUGUACCUUUGGAUGGUGGUGUUGGGCAGAAUUAUACAAUUUUGAAGCUAAUAACAUUCCACUUUAUUAAAUGUUUUGCUAUAUGCUAAACAACAGCUGCUGUAUUACAUUUUUGUAUGCUGCUUAUAUGGGAAAAAUACUUAGUAGAGUGACACAUACUUUGAUGACAAACUAUAACUCUAAUCAUGUGUCUUUAAAAAUCAAAGAGUGGAAGGGAUGACUUCAUAACAGCUACCUAUGAAUAGCCCCACAUGGAAGCAUGAUAUUGUGUAUCUGCAUUCUUGUUACAAAUGAAUGUAAAAAAUGUAAAAUUAUGCUUCAACUCUAAAUAAAUAAUUGUAAAUGCAUAUUUUAACUAUUUAGUUACACUUCACUUUCUAGUGGCUUAACAUUUACAGGCCAUCGUGCCAGAAAAUAAAAGUAUGAGAUCAGAUAAAAGGGAUGCAGCACCAAGAUUACUUCAAGCUGUCAGUACAGAUCUACAGUAUAUUCGUUAUCCUUGGGUCCUAUCUGAAAUCACGCCUCCCAUGUAGGUCACAGAACUAUCCUUUCUCCCCUUGUAGCCUCUCCCAAUCUGCUUCAAAAUAUACUCUCAAUUUCUGGAGUAGAUGUGGGGUAGUGACCAUUGUUUUAGAUAGAGGCACUUGGAUACAGUUAGUUAUAAGCCUCUAUGCAUGAAUAAAUGGAAAUAGGUAAAAGCCAGUCUACCCUUUUCUUACUAGCCAGAAGCCUUUUUGGCAUUCAACUGCAUCAGCGAAAUCUUGGGCGACUGAUAUUUUAUAGUAGGAAUAAGGAACCCCUGGACCUUCAAAUAAUUGACCAACUCUUAUCAGUCCCAGUGAUCAUGGUUUAUGGGAUUUCUAGCAGAACAACAUCUGUGGGUUCUGAACUUCUGUAAUAAGUCAGCAAAAACUGUCUUUGUAAAUUAUGUCUGUCUGAGUACUUACUAAUAGGGCUGGGAUUUCCAUUCUUCACAGCAUUCUAAUAGUUAUUCACAUGAAGUCUAUAAGGCGCUUGCAUUUUAUCAUGGUAAGAAUAAUUCCUCAAAAUUGCAUUGACAGAGAAUAGCACAGGAAACUUCAUGGAGCAGUGACCAUGUGAUUUCCUUCCCAGUGGCAACAUUGUUAGACUAUGUGAAAAUGUUCUAGGAGUAUUAAAACCUCUUGCUCUUUAUAAUAAUAAUUAAGGUAAUUUCCUGAAAAAUGAAACUUGAAUAUUGCAUGUGUUUAAUUGUAGAACUUUUUCACUGUCCUUUGAAAAGGAAGCGUAUCUUGCACCACUUUUUCUCACCAAAAAUAAAGGUCACUUGCCACUUA